AAGCUGUUUGGGAUGUGACAGCAGGAGUUUCCAUUAAUGAGUUUUUUAACAUCAUUCAAAUUUUUUGAGACACAGAAUUUUGGGUUUUCAUUGUCUCUAUGCGAUAAUCAUUAAAACUGGAAUAUAUCACUUAAUUUUCUGAAAGUGCAAGAAAUAUUGCACUUUUACGCAGAAUUAAUUUCUUAUGUAUUAGUAGUACUUGCAAAAUACCAGUAUUGUUUUGCAUUGGGUAAAGAAGCAGCCACAUAAUGGGGAGGUUGUUGGACUAAAUGUCCAGUCGGUUUGCCGUAGUUUCCCCGAGUCUUGAAUGUGUCCACUGAAUACCUGCUGCGUGGACACAUGGACAUGCCGCUGCCGUGCAACGAUUUGUUUAAACUUCCAGAAACUCAACCCUAAAAAACACACACACACACACACACACACACACACACACACACACACGGUGUCCCCCGUGAUGACUUCACAUCCUGUUUCCCCCACUUCCUUCUGAAAGAUCGGCGUGGUCUGGGACCUUCCUGUCUCCACGCACCGUGUGCCGCGACCGCACGCUGUCAGAUCUGCGGGUCCGCGGAGUUUUUCCAAAGCGACGAUCCGGACUCACAAGCAUGCAGCAGCUGAUUUGUUGACAAAGAAAGGAGGCGUCGAUGUUAGGCUGACAAAAUGAAGACAAGAGAAGAUGUAAAAAUAAUCAACCAGGGUCUGGAGGAUGAGAUGGAAGUCAGCGGCUACCGGCCCUGUCUGUGGAAGCUGGUCCUGGUUGGGGUGGGUGCGGUUUGCUCUGGGGGUCUCCUCCUGCUGCUGCUCUACUGGCUGCCAGAGUGGGGCGUCAAGGGGACAUGCACACACACGUCUCUGAGCGAUGCACACACCCUGCUUCUCAGAACCAAGGACGAGUUCAGGCAGUGGUUUCGAGUCAGAGUCCACAGAAUGCUGGCUCCAGGCAGGAAGCCCUUCGAGGAUCUGGAUGUAAAACCCAGAGGUCAGCUCCCAAAUGGAGACUUCGGUCAUCAGGUCUGCUCUGUUCCCGAUGAACAGCUUCCCCAGGAGCAGCAGAUACAAUACUUCACACACCACAGCUUUAGAUACUACUGGAAUGAUGCCAUCCAGAACUUUGAAUUCUAUCAAGGCCUGGAGGAUAUGAAGGUGAGCUGUGCCCACAUCCACUCCGAACACAGCCAUGGGCUGACCAAAGCACUGCAGGACUACAGGAGGUUGUUUUUCGGGGAGAAUGAGAUCGCUGUGAAAGUCCCCUCUCUGUUCAAGCUUCUCAUUAAGGAGGUGCUGAAUCCUUUCUACGUCUUCCAGCUCUUCAGUGUUGUUCUGUGGAGCAUCGAAGACUACUACUAUUACGCCACAGCCAUCGUUUUCAUGUCAGUCAUAUCCAUAGCUACUUCAUUGUACACCAUUAGGAAGCAAUACGUGAUGCUGCACGACAUGGUGGCGUCUCACAGCGUGGUGCGAGUGUCGGUGUGCAGAGGAGACAAAGACACAGAACAGGCCAUGUCGACGGAGCUCGUGCCCGGUGAUGUCAUCGCCAUCCCGGCCAAUGGGAUGGUGAUGCCGUGUGACGCCGUGCUUUUCCAGGGGACCUGCGUUGUGAACGAGAGCAUGCUGACAGGUGUGGAUGCUUGCUGGGCUUCAG